UGAUUUAAGAGAGAUAAGGGCUUGAAGAGGGUCCUCUUCUAUUCUCUCUUUCCGAUUUUGAAGAACUGAAAAACUGAUUUUUGCAGAGAAAUUUCUGAAAGAACCAAAAAAAAAAACACAAUCAAAAGAGGAAGAGAAAAAUUUGAUUUUUUUUCUAACAUGCAAUAGAUUUUAUUUAUAUAAUACUAAAUGAGAGAGAGGAGAAAACUUAGUCGAAGAGAAGAUUCUUGUUCAAUUUCAGAAUUUGCUCAUCAAUUGGUGUUUUUCUGAUUUUGAUUAACACUGUUUUUGAUUUUGCUGUGGUGGAUUGAAGUUGUUGAGAGAGUAUUUUGAAGAGACAUGUUGGAGGGUCGUUCCUGUGUUGUUCCGAGGUUGUUUUGUAGCGCUUGUGAAACGGAGAACGAUUGGUCUUACAUGAAGUACAUGCUGGAUUUAGAUAUCAAAAAUGGGAAGAGACCGAUGGAAAUUGAUGAUGCUGAGGAUGAACAUCAUCCUAAGAAGUGUACCAAGAUGUUGGAAUCUUGUCACAUAGUUGAAACGGUUCGUCUUUCGUUUCAGCAGAAUAAGGAUUCUGCUCUUUCGCGAGUAGAUCAGGAAAUCGUUGAACCUGUGGAUGUUUGUGAAGGGGUGAACCCUGGUGAUUCAAUGGAUUCAUUGGAUUCUGGUGUUCAGCAAUCUGACGAGGAGCAGCAGGCUGGAGAUUCGUCGGAUUCUGGUUCACUUUUGCCGCGGAUGAACCGAGACAGCUCGAUUGCUUGUCUCAGCCGCUGUUCGAGGUCUGAUUAUGGUUCGCUUGCUUCUCUUAAUAGGAGCUUUCGUAACAUAAUUCGGAGCGGCGAGCUCUAUACAUGGAGGAGACUAAAUGGUAUCAUGGAACAUUGGGUUUAUUUCUCAUGUGCUCUCCUUGAAUGGGAGGCCUACGAUCCGAUUCGUCAAAGAUGGAUGCAUUUGCCGAGGAUGGCUUCGAAUGAAUGCUUCAUGUGUUCUGAUAAGGAGUCUUUAGCCGUAGGAACUGAACUUCUUGUGUUUGGGAGGGAGCUAAGAUCUCAUGUGAUUUAUCGAUACAGUCUUUUGACUAACUCGUGGUCAUCAGGAAUGAGAAUGAAUGCUCCGAGAUGUUUGUUUGGCUCUGCAAGCCUCGGUGAGAUUGCGAUAUUAGCAGGUGGUUGUGAUUCGGAGGGACGUAUACUUGACUCGGCCGAACUAUACAACUCAGAGGCACAAACAUGGGAGCUUCUCCCGAGUAUGAAAAAACCAAGGAAGAUGUGUUCUGGUGUAUUUAUGGACGGAAAAUUUUAUGUUAUAGGCGGAAUCGGUGGACGCGAUUCCAAGCUUCUUACUUGCGGGGAGGAGUACAAUUUACAGACUAGAACAUGGACGGAGAUUCCUAACAUGUCACCCGGACGAAGUAGUAGGGGUUCUGAUAUGCCUGCUACAACCGAGGCACCGCCUCUUGUCGCCGUUGUAAAUAACGAAUUGUACGCUGCUGAUUAUGCUGACAUGGAAGUUAAAAAGUACGACAAGGAAAGAAAACUGUGGAAUACCAUUGGGAGACUUCCGGAACGAGCGGUUUCGAUGAACGGCUGGGGUCUUGCAUUUAGGGCAUGUGGAAAUAGGCUUAUUGUUAUUGGUGGACCAAGGACUCAUGGCGAGGGUUUCAUCGAGCUCAAUUCUUGGGUUCCUAGUGAAGGACCUCCGCAAUGGCGUCUACUCGAUCGAAAACAACGAUCCGGUAACUUUGUCUAUAAUUGUGCUGUGAUGGGUUGUUGAACCAUUGAAUGGUGCAAAAAUUACACAUCAUGAAGCAACUAUCAUUCAUCAUCACUGAAUUCUUGCUAAUUGGUACUUCUUUCCCCAUUCUUUCCAUGAUACUAUUUUCGUUUCAAAUGCGGGGAUGAGAUUAAGAUAUUAAUCAAGAUUAGGCAGGAGCACUUCAGUCUUUUAAUCUUAUUAAGUUCACAAUUUAAUUCACUUUUUUUUUUCUUCCAUUGAAAAAUUUGUAUCACCACCCCAUUUUCAUUGACAAGAUUUUUCAAAGCUUGGUAUCAUAUCAUAUCAUCAUGUAGCAAAAGAAAAUAGGUCAAAUAAUUGAAGUUCCAACACAGAUUUAGUAGGUUACUGGUGUUUGUUUAUUUUCAGCAGCUUCUCUUGAAGAAAUGAAAUAAUUUUCUUGAUUA